AUGACCUUCUUCCGGUUGUACAUUGUACGUCAUGGUGAAACAGACUGGAAUAUAACAAGAAGAAUCCAAGGCCAGAAAGAUGUCCCACUGAACGAAACCGGGAUAGCACAGGCGGCAUUGGUAGCGCAAGCUUUGAAAGAGGUUCCAUUUGUUAAAGCCUAUACCAGCGAUCUGCAGAGGGCUUCAAAGACUGCCGAGAUUAUUCUGCGAUACCAUCCUUGCGUAAUACUAGAGAAAGACGAAGCCUUGCGCGAAGUAUACAUGGGCGAGUUGGAGGGUGAAUUUGGGAGUUCGUCGAAGUCAGCACCUUCAAAGGAGACGACAGAGGCCCUGAUGCGACGAUGGCAGUCCUGGUACUCGCGUUCGAUCAUUGGGUACAUGUUGUCUAAGGUCAAGAAAGACAUUCCGGAGGGCGGCAUUGGAGAUCCAGAAUGCAUUCUCGCCGUUUCCCAUAGUGGCCUGAUCUCAAACAUAGUGCGGGUGCUCGUAGCGAACGCCGCUAUUCUACCCGUGCAAGGCGUGGUCGUUGGUCGUUGUCUAAAUACGGGAGUGUCAAUUAUUGACUACUCCAUCCCUAGACAAAACCAAGGUAGAUAUUUGAAAGGAGCGUUGGUCAGAUACUCUGACGUGACCCACUUGGCGCGUACCAAGGUUGUGGAAGAGAAUGUCGAUGAGCGUAUAUGUGACGAAACGAUCCCUUAG